AUGGAAGAUCCAGACUAUUAUCACGAUCAGUCUAGUCCUCAACGAGUUGAGAUUCCACCACUGAAGCCGCUUCUAACGGCUGUGAAGUUGUCACUGAAAGAGACUUUCUUUUCUGACGAUCCUUUGAGAAGAUUUAAGAACCAACCUGCAUCCAAAAAAGCAAUUCUGGGUUUGCAGUACUUCUUUACGAUCCUCGAGUGGGCUCCUCGUUACAAUUUGGGUUACCUCAAGUCUGAUCUUAUUGCUGGAGUCACCAUUGCCAGUCUCGCAGUUCCUCAAGGGAUCAGCUAUGCGACCUUGGCUAACAUGCCGCCAAUCAUUGGCAUAUAUAUGAGUUUUGUACCUCCACUUGUGUAUGCAAUUCUCGGAACCUCAAGGCAUAUUGCAAUUGGACCGACGGUUGUUUCAUUGGUUCUGCUAGCUAAUACCUUGUCGGAGGAAGUUAGCCCUACUGAAAACCCUGAACUCUAUCUCCAGAUGGCUCUCACCUCCACCUUUUUUGCUGGAAUUUUUCAGGCUUGCCUUGGCUUCUUAAGGCUUGGUUUUGUGGUGGACUUUCUUUCUCAUGCAACAAUAAUGGGUUUUAUGGGUGGAGUAGCCAUUACUGUGAGUCUGCAACAACUUAAAGCGCUGUUAGGGAUAACACAAUUCACUCGAAAAUCAGAUGUUGUCUCUGUCCUCGUAUCGGUCUUUACCCAAUUGCACGAGUGGAAAUGGGAACCUGCUCUGUUGGGAUGUGGUUCCGUCUUGUUUCUCUUUCUUGCUAAAAUCUUUAGCAUGAAAAGACCAUCAUUGUUUUGGGUAAGUGCACUGGCGCCAUUGUUCUGCGUUAUCGUGGGGAGCCUUCUAGUUUACCUAACCCAUGCUGAUCAUAAACACAACAUUCGUGCGAUCGGGCACCUUCAGGAAGGGCUGAACCCUGUAACUGUUUCUGACUUCCAUACGGUUUUUAAGUCACGCCAUCUUGCCACCUCUAUAAAAGCUGGAUUGAUUUGUGGUAUUAUUGCCCUUGCUGAAGGAAUAGCUUGUGGAAAAAGUUUUGCCGCACUAGAGAACUAUCACAUUGAUGGAAGCAAAGAAAUGAUCGCAUUCGGAUUGAUGAACAUAAUAGGCUCUUGCACUAGUUGCCCCGUAGCUUCAGGACUAUUUUCAAGAACUGCGGUGAACUAUAAUGCCGGAGUCAAAACUCAGGUCUCACCCAUAGUCAUGGCGAUUAUGAUGUUGUUGACAGUGUUAUUUAUGACACCAUUGUUCCAGUACACACCGCUAGUGUCCCUCUCUUCCAUUAUAAUUGUGGCCAUGCUCGGCGUCAUAGACAUCCCGGGAAUCAUCCACCUCUGGAAGAUAGAUAAGAUUGAUUUUAUGAUAUGCAUGGGUGCAGUUUUGGGUGUUAGUUUUGGCAGUGUUUUGAUUGGUCUUUCCAUUGCGGUUGUAAUCUCUUUGCUACGACUCAUCCUAUUUAUAACAAGACCCAGGACUCUCAAUUUAGGCAACCUUCCGGAAACGUCCAUCUAUAGAAGCGUUGAUCAAUACCCAGCAGCAAACAAUGUUCCAGGAAUUCUCAUUCUUCAGAUCGAUUCACCCAUAUACUUUGCCAAUGCUAACUAUUUGAGGGAAAGGAUCUCAAGAUGGAUAUAUGAAGAGGAAGACAGGAUAAAAGCUUCUGGAGAAACAAGCUUACAAUACCUUAUACUAGACAUUAGCACUGUCGGAGGCAUUGAUACGAGUGGAAUCAGCAUGCUAGAAGAGGUCAAGAAAAAUUUAGACAAAAAGAGUCUCAAGCUUGUAUUAGCAAACCCAAGAAGCGAAGUUAUUAAGAAGAUGGAAGUGUCAAAGUUCAUUGACAAAAUUGGUCAGAAAUGGAUGUUUGUUACAGUGGGCGAUGCUGUAGAAGCAUGUAAGUUCCUAUUACAUAGCAGCGAACCCAGUCCACCAGAAGAUAAAGCCAAGCCAGCAGAGGAUAAUGUCUAA